CCUCCCACCGUGCUUUGCGGCGGGGCCGGCCCGUCUUGCCCAGAGUCGCCCUGCAGCGAUCGCGCGUCUUUCCACCGAGGCCCCGGAUGUAGAGUCCCUCCCACCCGUUCAGUGGUCAUGGCCUCACAGUGACGCUAAGACUUGGGGCUCUCUCAUUGGCUGUAACUCUUCUACUGGAUUGGAAGCAAAAAAAGAGGCGGUGCACAAGGCGAACGGUGCCUGUGACUACAGCCAAUCAGAAGCGAGGCCGGGCUUUGGCGGGAGGUGGGAACACUGUGGCCAUUCGAAUUUGGCGCGAGCGCGGUUGUGUUUUGCUGCUGCCGGUGUGCAGUUUGUUCAGGGGCUUGUGGUGGUGAGUCCCUGAGCCUGCGUGUGAGAGACGUGAGAAGGAUCCUGCACUGAGGAGGUGGGAAGGGGAGGAUUGCUCGAGGAGGCCUGGGGUUUGUGAGGCAGCGGAGUUGCUUGAAGGCUGCGGGUUCCGGCGAGGCCCGAGGUAAAGUGAAGCUGUGCUGCCAUCAUGCCUCAAACCCGAUCCCAGGCACAGGCUACAAUCAGUUUUCCAAAAAAGAAGCUGUCUCGGGCAUUGAACAAAACUAAAAACUCAAGUGAUGCCAAACUAGAACCGACAAAUGUUCAAGCUGUAACCUGUUCUCCUCGUGUAAAAGCCCUGCCUCUCAGCCCCAGGAAACGUCUGGGUGAUGACAACCUAUGCAACACUCCCCAUUUACCUCCUUGUUCUCCACCAAAGCAAGGCAAGAAAGAGAAUGGUCCCCCUCACUCACGUACACUUAAAGGACGAAGAUUGGUAUUUGACAAUCAGCUGACAAUUAAGUCUCCUAGCAAAAGAGAACAAGCCAAAGUUGACCAAAACAAAAUACUUUCUUCAGUUAGAAAAAGUCAAGAGAUCACAACAAAUUCUGAGCAGAGAUGCAUAUUGGAGAAAGAAUCUGCAUGUGUGAGACUAUUCAAGCAAGAAGGCACUUGCUACCAGCAAGCAAAGCUGGUCCUGAACACAGCUGUCCCAGAUCGGCUGCCUGCCAGGGAAAGGGAGAUGGAUGUCAUUAGGAGUUUCCUGAGGGAACACAUCUGUGGGAAAAAAGCUGGAAGCCUUUACCUUUCUGGUGCUCCUGGAACUGGAAAAACUGCCUGCUUAAGCCGGAUUCUGCAAGACCUCAAGAAGGAACUGAAAGGCUUUAAAACUAUCAUGCUGAAUUGCAUGUCCUUGAGGAGUGCCCAGGCUGUAUUCCCAGCUAUUGCUCAGGAGAUUUGUCAGGAAGAGGUAUCCAAGCCAGCUGGGAAGGACAUGAUGAGGAAAUUAGAAAAACAUAUGACUGCAGAGAAGGGCCCCAUGAUUGUGUUGGUAUUGGAUGAGAUGGAUCAACUGGACAGCAAAGGCCAGGAUGUAUUGUACACACUAUUUGAAUGGCCAUGGCUGAGCAAUUCUCGCUUGGUGCUGAUUGGUAUUGCUAAUACCCUGGAUCUCACAGAUAGAAUUCUGCCUAGGCUUCAAGCUAGAGAAAAAUGUAAGCCACAGCUGUUGAACUUCCCACCUUAUACCAGAAAUCAGAUAGUCGCUAUUUUGCAAGAUCGACUUACUCAGGUAUCUAGAGAUCAGGUUCUGGACAAUGCUGCAAUUCAAUUCUGUGCCCGCAAAGUCUCUGCUGUUUCAGGAGAUGUUCGCAAAGCACUAGAUGUUUGCAGAAAGGAGGACUUGUUUCUCAGUGGGGAGCUCUGGAUUUCCACCGUGUUAAUGUCUGAAACAUUAUCAGUCCAUUACCUACAGAGGGAGAAACAAAUGAGAUGUUGCUGGCACUCCCUGUGUAGGGACGCUGGGUCCAUUAAAAUGAUACUUGCUGUGCUGGCCUGCUGGUCCAACCUCCCACUAUUGCCAUGCAGAAGACCCAGGAGAGCUAUUGAAAUUGUAGAGUCAGAUGUCAAAAGCCAGACUGUUCUCAAACCACUGUCUGAAUGUAAAUCACCAUCUGAGCCUCUGAUUCCCAAGAGGGUUGGUCUUAUUCACAUAUCCCAAGUCAUGUCAGAAGUUGAUGGUAAUAGGAUGACCUUGAGCCAAGGAGCACAAGAUUCCUUCCCUCUUCAGCAGAAGAUCUUGGUCUGCUCUUUGAUGCUCUUGAUCAGGCAGUUGAAAAUCAAAGAGGUCACUCUGGGGAAGUUAUAUGAAGCCUACAGUAAAGUCUGUCGCAAACAGCAGGUGGCAGCUGUGGACCAGUCAGAGUGUUUGUCACUUUCAGGGCUCUUGGAAGCCAGGGGCAUUUUAGGAUUAAAGAGAAACAAGGAAACCCGUUUGACAAAGGUGUUUUUCAAGAUUGAAGAGAAGGAAAUAGAGCAUGCUCUGAAAGAUAAAACUUUAAUUGGAAAUAUCUUAGCUACUGGAUUGCCUUAAAUUCUUCUCCUACACCCCACCUGAAAGUAUUCAGCUGGCAUUUAGAGAGCUACAGUCUUCAUUUUAGUGCUUUACACAUUCGGGCCUGAAAACAAAUAUGACCUUUUUUACUUGAAGCCAAUGAAUUUUAAUCUAUAGAUUCUUUAAUAUUAGCACAGAAUAAUAUCUUUGGGUCUUACUAUUUUUACCCAUAAAAGUGACCAGGUAGACCCUUUUUAAUUACAUUCACUACUUCUACCAUUUGUGUAUCUCUAGUCAAUGUGCUUGCAAGUGUAUAGAUCUGUGUAGUGGAAUGUGUGUAUAUUUACCUCUUUGUUUGCUCAAACAUGAGUGGGUAUUUUUUUGUUUGUUUUUUGUUUUUUGUUUUUGAGGCCGCAUCUCACCCUGUUGCCCAGGCUAGAGUGCAUUGGCGUGUUCUCUGCUCACUGCAGCAUCCACUUCCCAGGUUGAAGCGAUUCUCUUGCCUCAGCCUCCCGAAUAGCUGGGAUUACAGGUGCCCACCACUGUGCCCAGCUAAUUUUUGUAUUUUUAGUAGAGACAGGGUUUUACCAUGUUGGCCAGGCUGGUCUUGAACUCCUGACCCUCAAGUGAUCCACCCACCUCGGCCUUCCAAAGUGCUGGGAUUACAGGCGUGAGCCACCACGCCCAGCCAUGAGUGUAUUUUGUUAAGAACUUUGAGGUUAGGGUAAGAAGAAUGAAAAUGAUCCAGAAAAAUGCAAGCAAGUCCACAUGGAGAUUUGUAGGACACUGGUUAAAGAAUUUCUUUCUUUUUGGAGUAUACUAUGUUCAUGGUGCAGAUACUAUGACAUUAUGGCAUUUUAAAGACUCGUUGAGUUUCUUGGGCACUCCCAAGGGCGUUGGGGUCAUAAGGAGACUGUAACUCUACAGAUUGUGAAUAUAUUUAUUUUCAAGUUUCA